AUGUGGGGUCUCAGUCCCUCUAUAAAUGCAACCAUUUCUUGUCCCAUAGUGGUCAUUCAUAAAGAAAUUUUAGCGAUUGCAUAUCCUCUAAACAACUUCCAAAUGGGUGGUGGCAAAGGCGGUGGAGGUGGUGGUGGUAAAAGCGGCGGAGGUGGUGGAGCACCAGGUGGUGGCAGUAGCUCUUCAAAGGGCAGUGGCGGCGGUGGGUCUGGAAUGAUGAAGGCUCCUGGUGGGGGAGGAUCAUCAUUUAUCUCAAGAGCUGGCUUCCAGAGCAACCCUCAGAUAUACUUUGCUGGUCUGCAUGCUGGUCAAAAGGGAAAAAAAUAAGUUUGUGUGAUGUUCUUCACUAGUAUGUGUAUCUAUGUAAGAGUUUGCUCUAUGUUUCUGUUGUAUAAUGCUUUUGUUGUAUAAUAUUGUAUGAAAUAAUGGAGUAUGCUUUUAUAGCUCAUACCUAUAAUCAAGAUUUUUAAAAUUGGGA